AUGGCCGAAACAAACGGUGGCACCGGCCUGCAACCGCUAGACCUCGCCAGUGGCAUUACGCCGCAAAUUCGACCCGGAGGCGCUCCCGCGCGUGUCUAUCUCAACGAGAAGAUUGUUCCACACCUGCUGGAGGGGAUGAAGGCAAUUACAAGAGACCAACCACCAAAUCCAUUGCAAGUUCUGGGGGAGUUCCUGAUUCAAAAAAGCAAGGAACUGGAAGAAGCCGAGGCGAAGAAGGAGUCGGAGUGA